CUCUCUUCGCGUUCCGUAACAGCAAGGGGCGGUCUCAAUAUCAACAUGGCGGCCUUCAGGAGCGGGGUGACUCCGGGCUGCAUAAUUAGAUGUUUUCUGCGACAAAGUGGGAAAUCAAAGAAAGGCAUCAGUUCAUUAUCAGAUGUCGUACACACUCAUUUGCUUCUGAAGUCUCAUCUUCACACAGCUCUUGAGUGCCGGAGUCCUAUAACAAAAACACUACUUGGUCGAAGACACAAUGGGAAGUUUCUGUGGGUUGGCUCUGUGGCUGUACGACACAAUGGGACACAGAUUCCUGUCGACACAGUGGAUUCUGCUCCAGUGCCUGAAGCAGCAGACACUCCUCCAGUUAUUCAGACCCCUGUAACUGAACAGAUUACAGUUGAGGCCGUUUCUGUGGCACCUACUGAAGUGCAUAUCCCAGCUUCUCAGACAGUGUUUACAUCGGCCCCGGACCAUGUUGCUACUGUCCUCACACAGCCAAUCACAGAACAGGUGGUUGACGUUGCCCCCACAGCUGUCGACGUCCUCCAGGCGGCCACCACUGAACCCAGUCUGGCAGAGCUUGGGUUGUGUGCUCACACUCCAGUGGGGGUUGUCCAAAAUCUACUGGAGUUCAUGCAUGUGGAUCUCGGUUUACCAUGGUGGGGAGCCAUUGUUGUAGGCACUGUACUGGCUCGUGUAUUGGUCUUCCCUGUUAUUGUGAAGGGUCAAAGAGAAGCAGCCAAACUGAAUAAUGUCCUGCCAGAGAUGACCAAACUCACCAACAGAAUGAAUGAAGCUAAACAGAGUGGAAACAAAUUUGACUUUGCCAAAGCCUACUCUGAUUUGAACUUAUUCCAGAAAAAGCACGAUGUCAACCCGCUGCGUGGUUUCUUGAUUCCAGUGGUGCAGGCACCAAUCUUCAUCUCUUUUUUCAUUGCACUGAGGAAGAUGGCGUAUCUCCCAGUACCUAGCAUGCAGACUGGGGGAGCACUGUGGUUUCCCGACCUGACUAUAGCUGAUCCUCUCUAUAUAUUGCCCAUUGCUGUCACAGGGACUAUGUUCUUUAUUCUGGAGCUGGGAGCAGAAUCAGGCGUUGACAACCCAAAUCUGAAAGCCAUGAAGACUGUUUUUAGAAUAAUGCCCCUGAUCAUCCUCCCACUCACUAUUAACUUUCCUACAGCUGUGUUCACUUAUUGGAUGACCUCCAACUGCUUCUCUUUGGGUCAAGUGGCUCUGCUCCGCCAUCCUUUUGUCAGGAAGAAGUUAAACAUCCCUGAGAGGAUCCAGCACCCACCGUCUGCAUUGCCCCAAAAUGAUGGGUUUAUUAAAAGCAUGAAGAAAGGAUGGAAGAAUGCUCAGCUGGCCCAGCAGCUUGAAGAAAGGGAGAGGAGGAUCAAAAAUCACCUUGACCUUGCUGCUAAAGGUCCUCUGAGACAGACCUUUACCCACAAUCCUCUGCAGCAGAAUUCACAAAUAGCAGCGACAUCGUCCAAAACCAAGACCAGCAGCAAGCCACAGCCAUGGAAGGACACUUUGGGUUAAAACGCUAACUCAGCUUUAUAGUUUAAGAUCUAAUAUCAUGUAUAUAUUUAUGGCUCAAAGAGCAAAGGAAGUGGGUUUAUUAUUGUCUCUGUACUAUUAUAAUAAAUUUACAGUUACAACCA